UUAGUCGUAGCUGCGGAAGGAAGCUGUGCGAAGGUGGAAGAGCUGCGAGGGGAAAGGGGCUUUCUUCGGUCGCCGUCAUGUCUAUUAUGUCCUAUAAUGGGGGUGCUGUAAUGGCCAUGAAAGGGAAAAACUGUGUGGCCAUUGCUGCUGAUCGGAGGUUUGGCAUUCAAGCUCAGAUGAUUACUACAGACUUCCAGAAAAUCUUUCCAAUGGGAGACAGACUAUUCAUUGGUUUGGCUGGACUUGCCACAGAUGUACAGACAGUUGCCCAAAGGCUCAAGUUCCGGCUAAAUCUCUAUGAACUGAAAGAAGGCAGGCAAAUCAAACCACAGACCCUGAUGAGUAUGGUGUCCAACCUCCUGUAUGAGAGACGGUUUGGACCUUACUAUACAGAACCAGUGAUAGCUGGGUUGGAUCCGGUCACAUACGAACCCUUUGUCUGCUCCUUAGACUUGAUCGGCUGUCCAAUGACAACAGAUGACUUUGUGGUCAGUGGCACCUGUGCAGAGCAGAUGUAUGGCAUGUGUGAAUCCCUCUGGGAACCCAAUAUGGAACCAGACCACCUCUUUGAAACCAUAGGCCAAGCCAUGCUCAAUGCAGUGGACAGAGAUGCCGUGUCUGGCAUGGGUGUGAUAGUUCAUGUGAUUGAGAAAGACAAGAUAACUACCCGAACACUGAAAGCUCGGAUGGACUAACGGAAGUUGUGGUUAUUUUGGAAUACUCAGCAUUUUCUUUUAAAUUGUCUUGGUGACUCGAAUGCUGGUCCUGUUAAAGAAACCAUAUAAUUUUGUAAUCAAAAAGAGCUCUUCAAAAGAAAAAUGCAUUGUUGGUAGAAUAAAGAGUUUUCCUAAGAA